AUGCAAGCGCUUCGAUUUCUUGCCAUCGCUCUCCUGUUGGCGCCCGGUUUGGCCCACCCCGACUGGAUCGCAGGCUGGUACCAUGUCACGAUCUACAUCGACGUAGAGGCAAGCCUGUACUCUGCCCUUGCAUCUACGCUCAUGUCUCCGCUGUACGAACGAGCGUAUCUUGUGGAGAUCACGACGACCGAAGAAGUCGUCGGUAGCGUCUAUCCCCUCGUGGACGAGUGUUGCAAGCUCUACUGGCGCCAGGAUCUUUGGAUCUAUCAGCAGGCCAAUCACAUCAUCCUCGGUUCGACCAGGGCACGCCUCGAUUGCUCAAAAUGUGCCAACACCUUUGACCCCAGCAUUGUCAACUGCGCAGCCAUCAAGCCUAGUCCCACGAUCGAGUGGCAAAAGUACCUUUAG